GGCUUUCCUGCAGCUGAGCCUCCUGGUCCUCUAGAGGAGUCGCGCGUUUCCCCCUCAGAAGAAACUUGCCCCGCGCUCGCCGCCCGACGGAGGAUGGAGAAGCUGUCCGGGAAAGACAAGGAGCUGAUCCGAGGCAGCUGGGAGAGCCUGGGCAAGAAUAAAGUUCCUCAUGGAGUCGUCAUGUUCUCCAGACUGUUUGAGCUGGACCCUGCGCUCCUCAGCCUCUUCCACUACAACACCAACUGCGGCUCCACGCAGGACUGCCUCUCCAGCCCGGAGUUCCUGGACCACGUCACCAAGGUGAUGCUCGUCAUCGACGCGGCGGUCAGCCACCUGGACGACCUUCACUCUCUGGAGGACUUCCUGCUCAACCUGGGGAGGAAGCAUCAGGCAGUGGGAGUCCACACUCAGUCGUUUGCUGUGGUGGGUGAAUCCCUCCUCUACAUGCUGCAGUGCAGUCUGGGCCAGGCCUACACGGCGCCGCUGCGUCAAGCCUGGCUCAACAUGUACAGCAUCGUGGUGGCGGCGAUGAGCCGAGGCUGGGCCAAGAACGGCGAGGACAAGGCCGACUGAGGCGCUGCCGAGUCAGAUCAUCAACAUGGUUUCCAUGGGAUAAGGUUGUGUAACUCGCAGCGUUGUGGCUUUAGCUGCUGUACAUUUGCUCUGUGAGUGGGGUCGUGUAGCGUAGCGAGCGUUAUGGUGUAGUCACACUUUUCACCGGGGCCGGCCAGUCGCAGAGACCAUUUUUCUUGCUGUGGAUGCUUAAAGCUAGCGGGCGAUGCUGCUGUACAGCCGUGAGAGUCGGAGCCGGUCUGCGGCGGUCCGGAGGCGCCCGUCCGAACGCCUCGCCCCCAGAAACAGCAUUAGAGAUAGCCGUCGAGUCUCUUUGUAUAUAAUGGCUUCGAUAUAUCUACUCAAGUGGUACCAGUGACUGUAGUGGUCUUUGUGGUGUAUCUUAGAAGAGUUGCACACUUGUGAAACACUAGAUAUCAUAUUUAAGCAUCACACACUACUCAAACUGUGACGGUUCCUGUGGCCAGCAUGGGCAGCUCUCGAUCUAACUGGAACACAGCGAAUCCUCAGACUGGUGAGAGAAAUGCAGUGAUUUAACAGAAGAAAAAAAACAACAAAACAAAACAAAAAACAAACAUCUAAUCUCUUUAAUCGGAACCAUAACUGUGUUUUUUUUAUCGAUUACUGCACAACAUUACACCUUUUCUGAGUCACUUUGUAAUCCAGCGUUGGAGCUACAGAAAAAAGGCAACUUUAUAAUAUUUAUUAGCUGCUGACAAGAACUGUUAUACUCUCCGAUAGCUUUUCUUUCUCUCUGUGAUCUAUGACUGUUAAGACGUUCACAGGCGGCGCGACGCCGGCCUCAGUCCAGCCUGCGAGUGUUUCGACUGUUAAACUCUAACUCAUCGACUGUUAUGUGACCUUUUAGAGGAUGAAAGCAAGCAAAGGGCAUCUUUGGAGGAAUUGUAACAUCUUUGUUCCCCGGCUAUCAGUUCCCAGUUGUUGUGAGUGUGAAGUAGUUCCGUUGUGUCGUUCUCGCUUAUCUCAGUAUAAACCUGCGUCGUCGUGGCUA